AUGAGUGCCGGAGAGGACGACGAUCUGAAAUUGCAGCGAGCAUCCGCAUCGCUCCUGUCUGAUUUCGAGAGGCUGCUACCGCGAUUGCUGCGAAAACGACAGCAUGGCGUGUCCCUCGGUUCCGUCCGUCAACAUGUCAGGGCAACUGACAUGUACAGAGCAUGCAGCUUGGUUGAGCCAUUCCAGGAGGAUCCCCAAAUUUUGGACACCCACCUCAAGACUUUCAUUCCUCCACUAAUUGAUGCCUAUCUGGAAUCAAUAUCUGUGAGCACUAGAGACGAACCAAAACAAGGCUUUGUAGCUCUCCCACAUGCUAUAUGCUCCGUCUUGAACACCUUUUGCAAGGUCCGAGGCGAGAAGGUCAUCAAAGGAUUCUUCAACAACGAGCCGCGCUAUCUCGAACCAAUUCUGAGAGAACUAGAAGCCAGCGAAGCAACCAAACCCGACAACGACAAUUCCCUACAGCAGGUAGCAGUUCGGCCAUGGAUACAGCGCUACAUACUACUCUUGUGGCUUUCACAGCUGCUCUUAGCGCCCUUUCCCCUAGAGUCUAUGUCUGGGCUGCAAGUUUCUGCAGAGGCGCCAGUAGCUCUUGGGCUGAAGCUGCCUGAAGAACUGCCCGGUGUGACUCUCCGGGUACUCUCGAUAUGUAUGUUAGGACUUCGGUCUCCGACAAAGGAGAGGGGCGCCGCUGCUAGUCUCCUAGUGAGAACGUGUGUGCGACCAGACAUGCAAAAAUUAGGUUUACUGGAUGCUAUGGUUCAAUGGUCGCUAUCCUUCUUCACGGAUAUCUCCGACGAGAAAACCGACAUACAUCAGUGUCUUGGUGUAUUAUCGUUCUUAUCUGGACUGUUAGCAUCGGCUACAAACGAAGAACUUGGCCCUUUCCUCGCUGCCAUCUACCUCUCGUGCAGGAAGAUCUUGGAUCAAGAAAGUCUUGCAUUCGUCCGAUCGUCAGCUGUCGUUCGCAAACUAGUCGUGAAGAGCUUGCGCAAUACUGUACUACAUUGCCUCCAGGCGACGUCAGCCCUUCCUGGGCUCGACUCAACAGUAGUGUUGGAAGAGGUCAUCGAAUACCUUCUCGAAGCGCUUGCCGAUGGAGAUACGCCGGUCAGAUACGGUGCUAGCAAAGCGCUUAGCAUCAUCACCCUCAAAUUGGACGCAGACAUGGCCAGCGAGGUUGUCGAGGCAAUACUAGGUUCUCUCACAGAAAACAUCUACUGGCAGGGGUCCAAGCGCAAUCUGAACAGCGUGAACCCACUUCGAUGGCAUGGGCUGACUUUGACGUUAUCCCAACUACUCUAUCGUAAGGCAAUUUCUACAAGCCAUCUAUCGGAUGUACUCAACGCCCUCCUACUGUCCCUCGGCUUCGAGCAGCGUUCACCGACUGGAGGAUCUAUUGGUACCAAUGUACGUGAUGCGGCUUGCUUCGGUAUCUGGGCGCUCUCUCGCCGCUACCCUACAAUCGACCUCCUUGCGGUGGAGACCGCUUCAAUCAGAGCCUCUGAGCACCUCAAGUCGUUACACGUACCUCAAGUGCUGGCGAUCGAAUUGGUAGUCGCAGCAUGUCUUGACCCAGCAGGCAACAUCAGAAGAGGAUCAUCCGCUGCGCUUCAGGAACUCAUAGGUCGCCACCCCAACACGAUAGAAGAGGGUAUACCACUCGUACAGAUCGUUGAUUUCCACGCUGUUGGUCUUCGUCAACGAGCAAUGUGCGAUGUGGCAAUUAAGGCGGGAGAGCUACAGUCCCUGUACUGGGAGGCUCUGUUCGGCGGCCUGCUAGAUUGGAGAGGAACUGGGUCGUUAGACUCGGACUCACGCCUCUUUGCAGCAGAGGCUAUAGGCUCUCUAUCCAAGGGCCGGUCUUCUGCGGUGGUACAAAAUAUGUCAAUUCAGGUCCGCGACAAGCUCGCGGCAUUACGGCCUCGCGAGGUUGAAGAGCGUCAGGGACUGUUAACUGCUCUUGCAGCUCUCAUUGACACUACAGAAGUUUCGCACGGCAGCCAAGCAUAUGAAAACUCAUAUACGUCCUUGAUGGACCUCUGGACAUCAUUCUCAAACGAAUUAAAGCUUGAAGAUAAAGCAUUCACCUCACCAGCGCUGCGACCUCAAUUCACAGCAUCAUCAGUAUGCACAUUCAUCGGAGCGAUGGCAACGUUUACCCUUGAGUAUUCCAGUAAGCUCUGGCCUUCUAGCUUGCCAGUAACACAGAUUUGUGACCUCUUGAAUCUUUGUCUGGCUCGUCACGAGGAGUCCGUCUUGGACUCCAUCGCUGAUGCUGUUCCAGCAAUAGUUUCAUUGUUGUCCAAGAUACCUGGAUCUAAAACGGUCGAUAUGGUAACAUCGUGGCUGGGUCGAUUGGAGAAUGAAGCAUCUUACAAUGGACUGCGAUGUUCUGGACAUGCGAUCGCUGUUGGAGCUGCGCAUGGCGGUUUGGACAGCUUAGCAGUUGAUACUGAAAAGGAAAGUCUUCAACGACGAAUCGUGAAGGUACUCACAUUCAGGUGCACUCCAGCUGUGGCAAUUGAGGCUCGGGCAGUGGCAUUGCGAGCUCUGGGUUGUUUGCUCAGCAGUCAGACUUCGCAACCAAUUCAACUUGCUUCAGAUGUGAAAGAUCAGAUUGCAAGCGCCUUGCACAUUGCACUAAACGACUACACCAUCACCGAGAGGGGAGAUGUCGGAUCACUUGUUCGACUUGAGGCCUUGAAAACUGUCCGAUUGGCUUGGGCAUGUGGUUUACUCACCGAAAGACGCAACGAGCGUGAGUAUGAUAUCUUUGCCGAUGUCCUUCGGCUAUCUCUGGAAAAACUGGACAAAAUGCGCAUGAUCGCCGACCAAGUCCUUCAGCAAAGAGAAGUUAGCACCACAGUCAUACGUGAUGUCUCCUCUAAGACUUACUUCCUGAGCGCACUAGGUGUGUUAGCGAUAAACCCUCUGACCAGGGACGCCAUCUGCGUUGGAUUCGUGAGUUCUGCGGGGAUGGGCUCUGAGUCUGUCGUACAGAAUUCGCGAGCAGCUUUGUUGGACUUUGUUGAUACAAUACAAGACGAAGAUGUAUCAGACACUUCGCAGUUCACCUUGGUCGACUUCGCAAACUGCUUUCUGAUGCUCUUGAAAGAAAACAUCACCGACGACAGGGUUUUGCUCCCUCUACUAGAAGUCAUAUCCUUCUUGUUCGACAUGCAGAUCAUGCAGCGUUUGCAGUCGACAUCUUUCAACUUCCGAGCACUUCUUUCCUAUACGCAGAAAGCGCACUUCAAGUCCACGCACAUGCAAAAGCUUCAUCUCGCACUGGACGUGUAUCGUGGCUUAGGCGACAUUCCAUCAACAAGGACAGAUACUCUCUCCAAAGUUGUGAGCAUGCUUUUACAUCCAUUUCCUAAGAUACGCAUUACAGCCGCUGAGACUCUCUGGUACUUGACGCAUGAAGGAGGGUUGAAGCGCCAUGAUUGGAGUCUACCAUCGAAGAGUCUGAAGCCUGCCGUAGAUGACAUCAAGGCAUUCUUGACUGCAGUUUAG